GAUGGCGGGGAAUCGAAAUAAGGUGUUUCCCGCAAUGAGCGUUAAACGUGAGCCCCCGCCUGUCACUGACGCAAGUCGGCGGCGCGCCACGAUAACCCGGAAGUGGGAUAGCUUGGAGAAAGAACUCAAGUCCAACCAAAAUGAUACUUCUGGUGUUGCGGUCAAUCGGCAACAAUCAGAGACAAUGAGCACGUCGACAUUCGACGACGUCUCCUCGACGUCAUCGUCGUACCAAACAACCCCAUCGCCCAUGAAUGUCUACCACAGGGGUAACCGGUCGGAACGGAGGAACACCAAAUCCAAGAAGAAGAAAGAGGAACCAAAGAAGAAGGAAAAGGAAAAGGAUGCCACAACCGCAUUAGUGGACAGACUCCAUUCAUCGCUGGACAAUCUUGACCGGUUCCUUCAAAUGAAUCUCCAGGAUGAGAUAUUUCUGGCCCGUAAGGACCUGAUGCCAAAACACUUUGAAAAAAGUGACAAGUUGAGGAAACGUUGGAGGAAACUGGAGCAGGACCUGGUAUACGAGGAACUCCUCGUCACCAUCAAUGAUGCCAAGGACAGGAAGAAAAGCCGCACCAAAGAGGCAUUUAAACGUGAACUUUAUUGUCUCUUAAAGACCGGGAGUAAUCCUUUGACCCCAAUUGGAGAGGAACCUGAUGAAAAGGGGCCAAAGUCAGCGACAUCUGACAGUCAUCGACUCAGUCCGGAGGGAGCCAGUUCCCACGACAACGACGUGGAACAGGAAAAAUCUAACACAACUAAAGGUAAAGGUUCAUCUAAAGGCAAAGCUAAAAGACGAAAAGAAGAUAGUCAAAGCAAUGGAAGCAAAUUUGAAAAGAGUCACACCAUAGCUGAUAUUCACCACAUGCCUGAACAACGAAACACAAACUCACAAUUAUCAGGCAGUACAGAUGUGAAUACACCAAUAGGAGAAGUACCAUCAGAGGUAGAUAAUCUUUCAAAGGAACAACGAUCUUCUCAGAAAAUAUCAGUUCAAAGUGAUAAAUCUGUGAAAAGAAACAAUAGUUUUGAAAGUUCUAAUGUCAGUGUUGAGAAAAGAGUUUCAACAGUUUCAAAUCACAGAUACAGCCAGAGCAGAAAGACCUCAAUUUUAAGUAAACAGUCAAAUAGUAAUAUAACACUUCUAAGUAAACAAUCUACAAUUGUGUCCACACAAUCAACUACCAUAGGAGAUGAUGGGUCUGAAGAUGGAGAAAAUGAUGAGGACGAUGAUGAAGAAGAGGAAAAAGAAUAUAUUGAAGAGGACGAUGAGGCGAUAGAAGAGGAUGAUGGGGAUGAAGAUAAAGUAAUGGAGGAAGAUGACGACGAGGAAGAUGAUGAGGAAGAUGAUGAUGAGGAAGAAGAAGGUGAAGAAGAAGAUAUACAACAUAUGAGGGAAUCAGAAAAGAAUGAAAACGAUGAUUCGCUGAUAAAAUCUUUGGUAAAGGCUGAUGAUGAAGAUGACGAAAUUAUUACUGAAAAUGAAAAGUUGAAAGAAGCUGAGAUAGCUCAGGAAGCUGUUUCGGAGAGAGAUUCUGUAAGUCAGUGUAGCCCUGGGAGGAAAGACAGCACAGAAGAGGAAGAAAAUGAGAAUGGUGAAGACAAUGAUGAAACUGAAACUGAAGAUGGCGAGGAAGAGGGGACAGAGGGGGAGGAGGAAGAAGAAGAAGAAGAAGAGGAGGAGGAGGAGGAAGAGACGAAUAGAAACUCCGCAAUUGCAAGUGAAAGUAGACCAGAAAGAGACAAAAGUUUAGUAUUAAAAGCCAGUGUCCUUGUUCGACAAGAAAAUGUACCAGAAGACUUUCAUGUACUUGAUAAAGAUACGACGGAUAUUGGCUCUAGUGAUGUCAGUUAUGUUGAAGAAGAAAAUGACAUAGAGGACGAUGAUCCAAAUGAUGAGGAAGAUGGGUAUGAUGAUGAUGAUGACGAAGGAGAGGAUGAUGAAGAAGAAGAAAAGGACUGUGAAAAGAUAGAAGAAGAAGAAGAAGAAGAAGAAGAAGAAGAAGAAGAAGAAGUGAUUGAAACUGAGGAGAACAAAGAAGUCACAAUACCAAGUAAUAUACCCAAAGAGUCUUCUGAUAACCAAAUGAACGAAGAUGAUCAGGACACUGAAUUCAAUACACAUGCCAAUGAGCAGAUAAACACUCCGUUGGAUAUUCAGAUAAAGCAUAAAGAAUCGACAUGUGUUCAUAAAAAGAACAGCAUUUCGACAAAAGAGAAAAUAGUGGAUCAAACAAUGUUUUCUGAUGUUAGAAGUGUUGUAAAUUGUGUGCUAGUUGAAAAGAAGACAUCAGUAGUCACACGUGAGCAGAAGAAAAUCACCGAGGAUAAUUUGCAAACUGAUAUUGAAAAUCAAAACCAGAAGAAAAGAUCUACAACGCCAGACACUUUGAUGGGUGAUGGGUGUGUGUACAUUCACCGACCAAAGAAACAGAGAAAGAAGGAGCGGCCGCCCUCUACACCUCAUAGUCGACAUGGAAAACGUAGAGGCAAAUACGAAGAGAAUCCUUAUAUCGCUACUGCUAAUGAAAUCAGAAGACAAAUACACCCUACGAGAGCUGAGAAGAAAGUAACAGAUGGAAAAACGAAAGACCACAAAACUCAUUCUAAAAGAGGGAAGGCACCUAAAAUACUUGGUCUUGUGAAUGAACUAACUUCGUCGUUAGUUCACGUGAGCACAUCACAUUCAACAUAUAAUAACCCUGUGACACCAAGAAGCAGACUUGGUACUGGUAGUCAUUCUGAAGUCGAUAUAAGAGAACGAAAUAAACGGACGAGUAAAUCUAAAUCUCCUUCAUCAAAAUCCUCAUCUUUUAGAGAUAGGAGUGGGAAAAGGAAUGUUUCAGAAACUUCAACAGAACCCACGCUCCUGUCCUUAAGUAGUGAAAUGAUGACACUCCAUAAAGACAAAAUGCGCGUUAAUCCCCAGGAUCGCUCAGCCUCACAUACACACAGUAAGAGCAGAGAAACUAAAACACUCAAGAACGGUAAAGUGAGAAAAGAAACAGAUCUUUCUCCAGAAGAUGAAGGAGCUUCCUUGUUACCUACUGAACCUAGCAAGCGUGUCCGAAAAGAAGGUGACGCAAAUCUUGACCAACCAAGGAGGAAUACGGACAAUGGCAAAAGUGAAGUUGAAAUAAAAACAAAAGAAUCGUGUUUAAGUAAUAUCGGUGCCAUUUCACAAGCAGAAACUCCUAACGCUUGUAAAAAAGGAAGCUUAGAGUACAUACCAAUGCAGAAAGAGAAAGGUAUAGUUAGAACUAAAUGUGAUGAUGAUUCAGAGAAAUCUGGUAAUAUAUUAAAAGAUAAAGCAAAUAGAAAAAAGAGUGUAAAAUGCAAAGAUGAAGAAACCGCAGAUGCUUCAUUAAAUAUACGAAGCAAGAUUUCCAAGCAGGAAGGAAGUGUGGCUGAUACUUCAGAAGGCAAGCCUGAAAGGAGAGUGAAAAAGAGAAGAAAAUUCAAAGGCCACAUCUCGCAUAAAGAAAGUGUUGCAUCUUCCAGGGAUGAAGGAAUGGACGUGAUGAAUUAUGUGCGCAAAGCGCACAUUAACGAUGACAGUGUAAAAGUUAAAGCAAUAAAUAGAAAUGAUACUUUGAAAUCGAAAACUUCCCGCGUGAGAUGUGCCAAGAAAUCAGUUUUCAGAGCUGACACAGUCACAAGCGUAUAUGACGGCAAAGUUGAAGUGAGGACUUCAGAUGUAAAGCAUAAAAAGAAGGCGAAAGAUAAGAAGAAAAGAGUUGUGCAAAAGUCAAAAAGUGACGUAGAUCUAGAGUCUCAGGCAACAUCAGAAGGAUCCGAAGAGUCAACCAAGCAUAGACUAGACUCACAACCAGUGGCUUCGAAACCAUCGAAAGAAAUGAUGGAGCGUGCUCGAGAAGCUAAAGAGGUGUACACUCCACCGCGCCCCUCCCUCGGAGAGAAGAGGGCAGAAAGAGUCAAGGCCAUGGAGGAGAUCAGAGCUGAGGAGAAGAGGCAAGAGAAUCGGAUAAAGAGGAAGAAAAAACAUGAUGCAGAGAAAAAGAAAUCAAAAUCAAAGAAAUAGAUUGGUAUUGAUUAGAUCAUUAGUUUCUUUGUUUUGUUCCCUUAUAGAGAAGUACUGUUAUGUCUAAUCUCCCCAAAUGUCUGAAUCUAUGGCUACUUUGGUCUGUUUGGCAGAGAUUUCGCUUUUUAUGACAGCUUGGUUCUCGGGAUAUAUAAAUACAAAAUGUUUGGGGUUUAUGACAUGCUACGGCAAAGCAGUUCUUGGCUAUAGACGAAUUCAAGAUAACGGAAUUUUACUGUGAGGAGGUAUACACACUCAGUAUUCUGGUUCACAUUGAGAGAAAUACCUCCUACAGGACACUUCCGGUCCAUUUCAAUGAGGCUGCGUUGUGUUUAACGCCGACUUUAACAGUAUUUCAGUUAUAUCAGGUCGUCCAGUCAGUGAUGUGCGACAGAGGUUUAUUUAUUUUUAAUACUUGUUAUCUAAUGCAUCAGCCGUGACGUAUCUGUAUAUUGCAACGAGAUGCCGAACGAAUGCGAAAUGGAUUUCAAUUUGUACUUUAAAUGCAUUAGUAUAUUACAUGCGUGUAUGUAUGAUGCAGUGUUACCGUUUGUUUGAAUAUUAUGAGUAUAUCGUGAGGUAAAAUAGACAUGUUUGUGUCUUGUAUAUGGAGUGUUCAUAGUCCUGUGCAUGCGUGAGUAUUCUCAACGUAUCUAUUCCAUUUUGUAAGUGUGUUUAGCGUAUACAUAUUUUUUAAGGCAUGGGCAAGCUUCCGUUUGUAUGCACGUGAGGCAGUAGGUAGCCUAGUGGUUAAGGCGUUCGCUCGUCACGCUGAUGACCAGGGUUCGAUUCCCACACGAGUACAUUGUGUCAAGCCCAUUUCAGGUGUCCCCUGUCGUGAUCUUGUUGGAAUAUUGCUAAAAGCGACGUAAAGUCUGUUUGCAAGUGUGACUUGUAUGUAUGUUUGCAUAUGCCUUAUUGUCAAUGGCGUUAUGAUAGAGUAUACAUGUUUCGAUAGGUGAUACGAAUGGCUGUUACAUUACAUUUUCAGUAGUGUGCAUGUGCACACAAGAGACAACGAAGCAGACUAAAGAUGGUAAGGCAAUUACCGACCUGUAAUUAGAACUUCUCUUUGAAACCAUUAAGCACGGAAGCCUACAUUCCGGACAAGCAUGAUGAAUAUGACGCGAAAUAACUAUUUUAACAUAUCAUGAACGGUAGCUAUAUAAACAAAGAUGGUUCACUUUUUGUAUCAGUAAAGCGAUGUGGAUAUAAUGAAAUAUAGUAAUAUCGGGAAAUAUUGUGACAUCACGUAACAUGAGAAAACAUAAUAUAUGUCAAUAUCAUUAAAUAUGGUGUUACAUUAAAAAAGGGGGAUAUCAUGAAAUGUCAAUCCAAAGAAAUACGGUAAUGUUAUAAAGAUGUAGAAAACAUGAUAUAUGUCAAUAUCGGGAAAUAUGUUUGUUUUAUAAA